AUGGAGAGAGGGCGGUUAGGCGGGUCUCGAGAUUGGCUCUAUUGCGGAUUUCAUCUUCCUGCGGUUGUUACACUCCUGCAUUUUGUUGGGAGAGUGGAUAUUGACUUUAUGCAUGGAUUUAAAGAAGAAAGGCGACGGAGCAGACUGGAUGAACCGCAAGCUGCAGCCUGUUGCCCUGAUCGUUACAAUCGACCCGACGUGCACGCAUACGUACAACAGCAGCAGCAGCAGCAGCAGCAACAACAGCAGCAACAGCACGCAACAACAACACCUGUAUCAUAUCAGUGCAAUUUUCAACAACAACAGCCUCAAUCAAAGGAGAUUUCCUCGAUCGAUUCGAAGAAAGAGGCAACGGGUGAGAUCAGGUGCGACGGUUGCAGUCCCACUAUCACAUCUUCAUUUGACAAGCAAAAACUGGAAAAAUUGUCGCAACGACAACGAAAUUCGAUUUUUACAAUUGCAAGGACAAAAUUGAGUUCUUUUAUCAAUCGACUAAGUGUAAGUAGUGGUGGAUCGGGAUGUGCAGCAACACGGAUACUAACUAGCACCAGCAGCAUUACUACUACCAACAAUAAUGACUUGUCAUCUGUCAUUUCAUUCCCUUUACGACAGGAUUCCCAGAAAAAAUCCAUUCAGACGAUUUCGCAUUCUGCUACUACCUUGUCAGUUACGACACCUACAUUAUUAUCAUCAGUAUACACAAAUACUUCACUUCCGUCUGGCAUGAUACUUCCAAAUUCUGGUAUUUCUGAAUCUUGCUAUAGUACUGAUGGCGUACAAAAUGCGCCACAUUUGAUAAAAUCUCCCGUAACAACAACAUUACUUUAUCAGUGCAAUGCUUCACCUAAUUCGUACGAUGGUGGCGAACAGUUACACCAUUUGCAAAAACAGAAAUCAGCAACCUCUUCUUCAACAUCCUGCAGUCUUUUUCGGCAAGCCAAUUAUCCAGCUGCCGUUUAUCUGACCGAUGGUGAAAAUGAUUAUUUUGGCAUGGAACGUUUGGUACCAAAGGAGGAGAAUGAGAAAUGGAUCCGAGCACCACCAAACUGUAACCCAUUCGAUAUGCGUGCAUCCUUUACAUGUUCCUCAUUAUCAUGUCGAACUCGAGUUACUCAGCCGACUUAUGGUCGUAGCAGGCUUAAUACGGCAACUGGUAUCGAGCGUCCAAGUUCUGGCGGAGCAGCAAUGACUGUUCGAGGUAAUAGCUGUCAUGGUCGAAAGUGUACCGAACAGGUUCGAAGUAAUGAUAGUUUGCUGACAGAUUGUCGACAGCAUGAAGAUGGUUGUUUUUCGUCACAUUUACGGUGGCUUUCAAUGAAAGAAUUUAAUGAGAAUCGUUCGCAAUUUGACUCCCGUCCCGUAGUUUAUGUUCCGGUAUUUUGCGAAGCAGUAGGUGAUACAAAUAUUCAUCAUGCCAUUACGAGCAGUAUGACAAGUAAUGGUAGUAAUAAUCAUAUCAACAAGCCAUCAUCAUCGCCAUCAUCUUCAUCACUGUUACAUCAGACAUGUUUUAAUACUUUUCCUGCUAUGUCUACAUUUGAAUCUGCUAAUAAUGUAGAUACUGUUGCUAGUGGUUGUACAUCAAUUCCUGUGAAUUAUAGUGCAGAUAUUGUGACAAAUCAGCCUUCGAACACGAAAUCCAACAAUCCAGAAGAGGAGGAAAAUAAAAAAGUUGAGAAAUUAAAGGAUGAAAUUAAUACGGGUCUCUCAUCUCAAUUGGUACUUCUUUUGUUUGCUUAG